AUGGUGAAGUUUACAGCUGAGGAGCUUCGGCGUAUUAUGGACUUCAAGCAUAACAUCCGUAAUAUGUCUGUUAUUGCUCAUGUCGAUCAUGGAAAAUCAACUCUUACUGAUUCUCUUGUCGCUGCUGCUGGUAUCAUUGCCCAAGAGGUUGCUGGUGAUGUGCGUAUGACAGAUACCCGUGCAGAUGAGGCAGAACGUGGUAUCACAAUCAAGUCUACUGGUAUCUCACUAUAUUAUCAAAUGUCUGAUGAGGCCCUUAAGAGCUACAAGGGAGACAGAAAUGGAAAUGAGUACCUUAUCAAUCUUAUCGACUCUCCUGGACAUGUUGACUUUUCAUCUGAGGUCACAGCUGCUCUUCGUAUUACUGAUGGUGCCCUCGUGGUGGUGGACUGCAUUGAGGGUGUGUGUGUUCAGACUGAAACUGUGCUUCGUCAGGCUUUGGGAGAGAGGAUCAGGCCUGUCUUGACUGUGAACAAGAUGGACAGGUGCUUCCUUGAGCUUCAGGUUGAUGGAGAGGAAGCUUACCAGACAUUCUCUAGGGUUAUUGAGAAUGCCAAUGUCAUCAUGGCAACUUAUGAAGAUCCCCUACUUGGUGACUGUCAAGUCUACCCUGAGAAGGGAACUGUUGCUUUCUCUGCUGGUUUGCAUGGUUGGGCAUUCACCCUGACCAACUUUGCCAAGAUGUAUGCCUCGAAGUUUGGAGUGGAUGAGUCUAAGAUGAUGGAGAGGCUGUGGGGUGAGAACUUUUUGAUCCUGCUACCAAAAAAUGGACUACCAAGAACACUGGUUCUGCUACGUGCAAGCGUGGUUUCGUGCAGUUCUGUUAUGAGCCAAUCAAGCAGAUCAUUAACACUUGCAUGA